CAUUUUGGUGGUUGAAUCCAUUGAUGAAAAAAGGUAAAGAGAAAACACUUGAGGAUGAGGAUAUCCCAAAGCUGCGCGAGCCGGAUCGAGCAGAAAGUUGCUAUUCUGUGUUUAUAGAACAACUUAACAAACAGAAACAAAAAGAACCAACACUGCAGCCAUCAGUAUUUUGGACUAUAAUGUCCUGCCACUGGAGAGAGAUUUGGAUUUCAGGAUUCUUUGCAUUUAUUAAGGUAGUUACUCUGUCUUGUGGUCCCCUGCUUUUGAAUGCAUUUAUAUUGGUUGCUGAGGGUAAUGAAAGUUUCAAAUAUGAAGGUUAUGUGUUGGCCAUUUCACUUUUCUUUGCAAAGAUCAUAGAAUCCUUGUCUCAAAGGCAAUGGUAUUUUCGAUGUAGACUCGUUGGUAUGAAGGUUAGAUCACUUCUCACUGCAGCCAUCUAUAAGAAACAAUUGAAGCUAUCCAAUGCUGCUAGAUUGGAGCAUUCUGGUGGUGAGAUAAUGAAUUAUGUGACUGUUGAUGCAUAUAGGAUUGGAGAAUUUCCAUUUUGGUUUCAUCAGAUGUGGACAACAAGCUUCCAAAUAUGCAUUGCUUUGGUGAUUCUUGUCCGAGCCAUUGGACUCGCGACAAUAGCCUCAAUGGUAGUAAUAAUUCUCACUGUACUUUGCAAUGCUCCAUUGGCAAAGCUACAGCAGAAGUUUCAAAGCAAACUCAUGGUGGCACAAGAUGAGAGAUUGAAGGCUAAUUCUGAGGCUCUUGUGAAUAUGAAAGUUCUGAAGCUAUAUGCAUGGGAGAAACAUUUUAAGAAGGCUAUUGAAGGCUUAAGGAAUGUGGAACUUGAAAUGUUAUCAGCAGUGCAAUCAAGAAAGGCCUACAACAUCUUUCUCUUUUGGUCUUCGCCUAUUCUGGUGUCCGCGGCUUCCUUUGCUGCAUGCUACUUCUUGGAGAUUCCUUUGCAUGCAAACAAUGUUUUCACUUUUGUGGCAACACUGCGCCUUGUGCAAGAGCCAAUCACAUCCAUCCCAGAUGUUAUUGGAGUGGUUAUUCAAUCGAAAGUUGCAUUCGCUCGAAUUGGGAAGUUUCUUGAGGCAUCUGAAUUGCAGAAUGCAAAUUGCAGGAAGAGUUGUGUUGAUGAUAACCUCAGAGGCUCAAUUUCAAUCAAGUCUGCUGAUUUUUCAUGGGAAGAUAAUGUGUCAAAACCAACACUUAGAAACAUAAAUUUGGAGGUUAGGCAUGGACAAAAGGUAGCAAUUUGUGGAGAAGUUGGAUCAGGAAAAUCAACUCUCUUAGCAACAAUUCUUGGAGAAGUUCCAAAUACAAAGGGAACUAUUGAAGUUUAUGGGAGUUUUGCAUAUGUUUCUCAAACAGCAUGGAUACAGUCAGGUACAAUAAGGGAAAAUAUUUUGUUUGGAGCAGAUUUGGAUCCACAAAGAUAUGAAGAGACGCUUUAUAGAUCUUCACUGAUAAAGGAUCUUGAGUUGUUUCCCUAUGGAGAUCUUACCGAAAUAGGCGAGAGGGGAGUUAACCUGAGUGGAGGUCAGAAGCAGCGAAUUCAGCUCGCUCGUGCGCUUUAUCAGAAUGCUGAUAUAUAUCUCUUGGAUGAUCCAUUCAGUGCUGUUGAUGCUCACACAGCCACAAAUUUGUUUAAGGAAUAUAUCAUGGAAGGACUUGCAGGGAAGACUGUGUUACUUGUGACUCAUCAAGUUGACUUCCUACCAGCUUUUGAUUCUGUUAUGUUGAUGUUAGAUGGGGAAAUUCUACAAGCUGCUCCUUAUCAUCAUCUAUUGGAAUCAAGCCGAGAAUUCCAAGAACUCGUCGAGGCUCACAAGAAGACUGCUGGUUCUGACCAUCAAGUUGACACUCCUUCUGCCAAGAGAGAUUCAACUUCUGGCAGAGAGAUUAAGCAAGAUUUCUUGGAGAAGAAGUUACAAGCUUCAAACGAAAAUAAAUUGAUUAAGCAAGAAGAAAGAGAGAUAGGAGACACAGGCUUGAAGCCUUACAUUCAGUAUCUGAAUCAGAUGAAGGGAUACAUAUACUUUGCUGCCACUACUCUUUGUCACAUUUUAUUUGUAGCUGGCCAAAUAAUUCAAAACUCAUGGAUGGCUGCUAAUGUGGACAACCCUCAUAUCAAAACUCUGAAAUUGAUCUUAGUCUACUUGUUGAUCGGAGUUGUUUCGAUCGUUUUCAUGUUAAUCAGAACUUUUCUUAUAGCUGCUUUAGGUCUUCUAUCAUCAAAACAUCUAUUUUCACAGUUGAUGAACUCCCUUUUCCGCGCACCGAUGUCUUUUUAUGACUCCACACCUUUGGGAAGGAUACUUAGCAGGGUAUCUGCAGAUAUGAGCAUUGUGGAUCUUGAUAUACCAUUUUACCUUGCAUAUACUGUGGGGGGUACUACAAAUUUUUAUUCUAAUCUUGCAGUUUUAUCAUUUGUGAGUUGGCAAGUCUUGUUUGUUGCCAUACCACUGGUUUUUGCUGCGAUUCAAUUGCAGAAAUACUACUUUGCUACUGCAAAAGCAUUGAUGAGGUUGAAUGGCACAACAAAAUCAUUUGUAGCCAAUCAUGUAGCUGAAACUAAUGCUGGAGCUGUGACAAUAAGAGCCUUUAAGGAGGAAGAUCGCUUUUUCAAGAAGAAUCUUGAUCUGAUUGAUGUCAAUGCUAGUCCAUUCUUCCAUAGUUUCACUUCAAAUGAAUGGUUGAUCCAACGGUUAGAAACAAUCAGUGCUGUUGUUCUAUCUGCUGCAGCACUUUGCAUGGUUGUGCUUCCACCCGAGACUUUCCCUGCCGGAUUUAUUGGCAUGGCACUCUCUUAUGGCCUUUCACUGAACAAUUCCCUAGUAUUUUCAAUUCAAUUUCAAUGCACUCUAGCAAAUUAUAUAGUAUCUGUAGAGAGGAUAAAUCAAUAUAUGUAUAUACCAAGUGAGGCCCCAGAAGUUAUAGAAGGAAAUCGCCCUCCGGUUAAUUGGCCAGUUGCAGGGUGUUCUGGCCCAGCCCAAUAAGGACCGGAGGUCCACCCGACCUACUUCCGAAUCUGGCAGGUCCCCGACCCGCCCGAGCUAACUCACCUCUCGUGAAGUCAUCCCCUAGUGAGGGUCUGGAUAGCUAGUUGAUGCUUCCAAACACAUGGGCCUAAAUAAAAGGCUCACUCGACGAGUACAGAUAAAGGGAGGGAGACAUACCCUUCCCCAGCUACGUCAUUCUUUUAUCCUAAUUAGCCGCCUCAUCGUACGGACACUUACUUUAGUAUUGAAUAAUUUUCAAUACAAAGAUUUUGAGAUACAU